CACAUGUAAAAACUCUUUAGUUUUUAUUUAUAUAUAUUUACACAAAGGGAAAACCUUUUACCGUUGUCUCAAAAAUUUAAAAAAUUUAAUAUCGAUAAGUAAACACAUACCUAUUAUGAAGAAAUCCGCAAACAGCUGAUUUCGCCCAGUUAGAUGGCACCGAAACAAGUGUUUACUAUUUCUUAAUUCUAUUGAAUUGAAAACAAUUCAAUUAAAUUGCAAACAUAUAUAAAAUAUUUGCAAUUUCUUAUAAUAUAAUUUCUGUGCAAUGACUCACCCAUUGGAGAAUGUUGUUUCAACACCUAGGAAAUAUCCAUUUGCAAAAAUGCGCCUAGACGACACACAUCAAUUGGAUGCCAUUGAAGGACGCUUUACUUGCACACAAUGCAAUCGGUCACGUAAAUUUUAUUGUUAUAACUGCUAUGUACCGGUUGGAAAUGUGGGUGAUUUCAUACCUCACGUAGAGAUACCAAUCGACAUCGAUAUCAUAAAGCAUAAAAAGGAAAUUGACGGCAAGAGCACAUCAGCGCACGCUGCAGUUUUGGCUAAGGAUCGUGUGCAUGUUUAUGCGUAUCCAGAUAUGCCUGAUUAUUCAAAAAUGGAUGGUGUUAUACUGAUAUUUCCAAGUGCAAAAAGUUUAACAGUACCACAGCUGUUCAAUCAACGUGUACGAUUAAAAACGGAAAAUAAUUACGGCUUACCGAAAGGUCACAACAUUGGCACAAUGUUGAGAUGGCGCAUAGAUGAAAUUAAAGAUGAACCAGAAGAGGGUGAAGAAUACACAGAUAAGGUAUACACAUAUGAUAACCUACCUGUAAAGCGUGCGAUUUUCAUUGAUAGCACGUGGAAUCAAAGUCGCGGUAUUUAUAAGGACGAACGCUUAAAGGGUUUACCCACCGUAGUUCUACAAAACCGUUUUUCGCAAUUUUGGCGACAUCAACGUGGCAGUCCGCGUUGGUAUCUCGCCACAGUCGAAGCUGUACAUCAAUUCUUGCUGGAAGUACAUGUCAAUGCUUGGGGCCUCAAUAGGCAGUAUCGUGGUUUAGAUAAUCUUGAAAUUGGUCAAGGCUUUUACGAGACUGCACGUUUAGUAGACACGGAGGCUACAAAUGUAGCACGUGAUGCGCCCUAUAAUGGACAAUAUGAUAAUUUGCUGUUUUUCUUUGCCAACAUGUACGAUAUAAUACAUAAAUAUUAUGACCACAACCAACUGAAAUCGUAUCGCAGACCGAUAUAAAACUGUCUUUAUCAAAAUAAAUAAAAGAGAAAAUAAAAGUUAAUUUAUAAUAUAAAAAAA